AUGGGCGAGCGCGGCGAGCGGCGGGGCGGGCCCCGGCUGGCGGGACGUGGCGCCGCGGCCAAUGGGAGCGCAGGCCCGCGGAUCUGGCCAGCCUGGCCGCCUACAGCUGCGGCAGCCCUCGGUGCAAAGGAGGAGAAAGCCGAGGCCCUGCAGUGCCAGCCCAGCGCUCCCAAGCUGUGGCUGCUGCUGUCCCCUGACCACGAACCACUAGAGCCUGAUGAGGACAGAGCCUGUCAGGGUGCUUCUGCUGGUAUUUUGGAGUUCUUACAGACACCCAACACCCCACCCAUUCUGUCUGUAUUCUUGUUCCCACACCUCCUGGGCUGGGCUCACUCACCUUCCCACAUCUACUCUGCCUAUGGGUGCCCCGCAGCCAAGAGGACUGUUACUCUCUCAUCACUGAUCUCUAUAACCCCUGCAACACUGCUCAGACAGGGUGUGGCAGCUGCCCCAUCCCAAGGAGCGGGAUGGGAGUUGGGGGAUCACACGCAGGCCCUAGUAGCUCACUCUCAGGAGUCUGGAGGAAAGACCAAGGCUCAGAUCACACAGCAACGUCAAAACAAAGCGGGGAGCAUCACCAGGGAGCGGAGGGGAGGAGGAGGAAGCAUCUCUGCCAGCGAUGAGAACGAGAGAGCACAGGCAGCGCGGGUGCUGCUGCCACCAAGCCUUUGCCCAGCGGACAUUCCAGCCUCCCGGCUGAACCGUGUGGGGUCAGACUCGCGGCGAAACCGGGCCCCCCGAACAGCCCUUGGGGCCCCGUGGAGGCCGUUCCUGCUCCCAGCCGAGGUGCGGGGCGGAGGCGCGGCCGGACCCGGGCCGCGCUCGGCAGAGCAGCGGCAGCACGGGCACUGGAUCCCCUGCACGCGGGCCGGGCCCCGGGCCUGCCCCGCGAGCUCCGAGACCUGGCCCGGGCCAACGCCGCGGCCUCCGCCGGGCUCGGGGCUCGGGUCCUGCCUCGGCGGCGAGGAGCGGCCCGGGGAACGGGCCGAGGCACCGGGAGGGUGCAGUGGGCUGGGCAGGCCCGACCGGGGCGCGGGGAGACGUCGGCAGGGAGAAGCCCGUCCCGACCGCAGCGGGCAGGGCACGGACCGGCCCCAGGCCGGUGUCCGCGGCCGCCGACGCCGCGCGGCGGGGGCGGGGACCGGCGGGGGCGGAGGCGGCCGUGGGCCCGCCCGGCCCGGGGAGGCGGUGGCGGCGGUGGCAGGUGGUGCCGAGCAGCCGCAGGACGGAGCCGGAGCCGCAGCCGCCAUUAGACAAUAG